AUGCAACGAAAUGUCGAACAAGCAGCCAAUUGGGGCUUUUUUGCAAUGGUCGGGGAAGAAGAUGCGUGGUUGUCGGUUCUCAGAAGACAAAUUCGGUUUAUGCUUGCUGAAGAUUCAUCAAUUUCAGAAGAAAAACAGAGAUUUUUAAGAGAAACAGAAAGGAUGGUCAGCGAAGUCCUCAACAACAAUCAGCAAUACACGGCUUUAACUGGAAGAUUACAAAGGUUGGAAGAUGAAUU